AUGGAUUAUUUGCUACUUUGUGGACAGUCCACUCGCAUACAAAGCCUCCUGGCCCUACCAUCAGUCGGAUGGGCCACAUCGGCUUGUUUUGAACUUAAUGAAUAUCAAGACUUAUGCAUCACAGGCUGGCUGUUGGGUGUCCUUUGGAAAAUAAAAAAACCCUCCUCCAGCCGCCUACCGUACCCACCAUUUACCGACUUAACGGACACAGGUACAGUUGUCCCGGAACAGGAGCAGAUUCAUCAUGGCGCCCAUAGCCCAAUGAAAUUCACUCUCACCGUUCAACGCCGCUUACCCCGAAAUAAUUGGCUGCAACAGUCCAGUUGUAGAGGCAACGGCAUAGUGAGUAGUAGCAGUGGUAGAUAA